AUGGAAGUCGAUGUCGGAUCGCGCUACAAUCAUGCAAACCGGGCAUUCCUGCAGGCCAUGAUUUCGAGGAGUUCCAUGACCUUUCGCGAAUCGCGCCCUGUUAUCGCUGCCAUCCUCAAUGCCGACAACGACGGCGACCAAGUGCGGCCAGAACAAAUAACGGAAGAAGCGUUUGAAGAAUUCAUGGCUACAGCCCGAGAAGCUGCCUCCCUAUUCGACUACGAAAUACGAAGAACACAACAUCAAAUUACCAAGGAACGAGUUUACGCCUUUGUCAAUACUUCCUCCGACCCCCAGACGCAACUCGCGACAACGUUUAGCCAUGACGAGCUUGCUUUUGUUAAACGAGCCCUCGAAGCCAUGUUUGACAAAUACAAUAAACCACGAAUGGAAGUCAUUGCCCUUACCGGCAUGCAAGCUGUCAAGCUUGCGAGACCAAAUCGUCGUGAGAGCGCUGUUCCUCGAAAUGAAGACGAGGGGACUCAGACCCAGACCGCCGACAAAGGGCUGAAGCACAGCGAGGUAGAAAUAGCGCUGGAGAAUCUCGUGGGUGGUGGAUGGUUUGAGAAGAGCAGGGAGGGGUUUUAUUCGCUUACACCGCGGGCUCUCCUCGAACUGAGGCCAUGGUUGCUCGGCACAUUCAACGAUCCGGACGCGGGAGAGGGAGAGUGGCAGCGGAUCAAGUUUUGCGAGGCAUGCAAAGACAUUGUGACAGUGGGAGUGCGAUGCAUAGAACCUGACUGCAACGUUCGAAUUCACGACAUCUGCGAGGAAGCCUUUUGGCGAACGAGACGGAGCAAGAAUUGCCCCAGAUGCUCGAGAGAGUGGGCGGGAAAUCUGUACGUAGGCGAGCGGGCGGUGACAUCUACACAGGCAUACCAGAGAGGCCGUCGUCAAAGCGGUGGCAGACGAGGAAAUCUGGCCGACGAGGUCGUACUGCAGGCCAUGGCUGAGUAUGAGGCGGAAGACAAUGAACAAUGA